UGCGCAUCCACACAGCUUGCUUCGUAUACUUGGGAAAUACAGAGGGCAAAUGAUCAGAUUGGAUAUGUAUUUCAAUGUCAAAAAAUGGAUUCAAUUCUGAUUUUUCGCCUUUAUCUUUGAUUCUCCACUCCUGCGCACCACUUUGCGCUCUUUUGGGGGCUGUUUGCGCGUCCUAUAUUUGGGGAGGUGUCGCCCGGUGUCGAGUAUACUGAUCCCAAUUUGGAUUUUUAUUGCUGCCGAUUUUUUUUCGAAUCCCUCGUCCAAAUGACUGAGCUCGGAUCCAGCCGGAGACCUGGCUCUCCACUCGGGAAGACCUACGGCUAAAGUUUGAAGGGUGCAGGGGUGCUAAGGGCUGCCCGUGUCCAACCGUGCUCUGGAUUUGCAAUUAGCAAUAAAUUGCAAUAAACAGCGGAUAUAGGUUACUGUCUGUCUCCUCACACGGGAAUCCUUCUACUUGGAUUUAUACAGCUUCUGGAUUUUUACCUCCCCCCUCUCCCUCUGAAUCAUGAAGACCACUAUUAUAGAUGGGGGGCGACUCCUGUUUCUGGUGAUGUGGCUGAACCUUGUGCCUCAAACUGAGGGCUGCCCUGCCAAGUGUGUGUGUUACAGUGAGCCUAGGCCCACUGUGGCCUGCCAGCAACAAGGACUGUUUUCCAUUCCCACUGAAAUCCCUGUGCGGAGCCAACGGAUAUUCCUCCAGAGCAACAAGCUGACAGUGGUGAGGUCCACCAGCUUCAGCUCUUGCCACAACCUCACUGUUCUCUGGCUUUACUCCAACAACAUCAGCCACAUUGAGGCCGGAGCCUUCUAUGGCUUAGAAAAAUUGGAGGAAUUGGACAUUGGAGACAACAGUAACCUCCGUACCAUCAGCCCUACUGCCUUUAGGGGUUUAACUAAGCUGCACACCCUCCACCUGCACAGAUGUGGCCUGUCAGAGCUCCCUGUUGGAGUUUUCCGAGGAAUGUUCUCCCUACAGUACCUUUACCUGCAGGACAAUAACAUUCUAACCCUGCAUGAUGACACUUUCCUGGACCUUGCCAACCUCACCUAUCUCUAUCUUCACAACAACAAGAUCAAGAUAGUGUCGGACAACAUGUUUCGUGGCUUGAUCAAUCUGGACCGACUGCUGCUACACCAGAACCGGGUUAUCUAUGUCCAACCACGGGCUUUUAGUGAUCUGGGUAAGCUGAAAUCCCUGUUCCUGUUCUUCAACAAUCUCACGGUCUUGACAGGAGAGACCAUGGACCCACUGGUGUCUCUCCAGUAUUUGCGUCUAAAUGGGAACCAGUGGAUUUGUGACUGUCGGGCGAGGACCUUGUGGGACUGGUUCAAACGUUUCAAAGGUUCCAGCUCUGAACUGGAGUGCAGUGUUCCCGAUUUCCUGGCAGGGAAGGACCUGAAACGACUGAAAAGUGAUGACUUGGAGGGGUGUGUGGAAACGCCUCAAAUUCAGACCAAUCUCUUCAACUCCAAGGCACGAUCAGGGAAAUUCCCCUCCACAGAAAAUCCCUUGGGGGACACCAUUCCCAGAUGUUGUCUUGGAGAUAAUGACAAGUCCUCCAUCCUAUCAGGCAAGAGCCGCCAAAUCACCAACAACCCCCUAAAGGAAAAGGAGAACAUAUCUAAGACUAAAUACAAGGAGCCAGAACGAACAAAAAAUGACACCCGGAACAAGCAGAGUGAUGGACCGUUGGGAACCUUGUCCAACAACCUAGAUAAGUCUUUGGAAGACCUAAAUCCUGAGCUUAUAGACAAUCUGGAACCAUCUACAGCCCCAAACAAAAAGAAAAAGAAGUGUUCCAAAAAGCCCAAAUCAGACACCCAUUGUCUCAAAGGCCAGGGAUCUACUUUGCAAGUGCUGAGCUUUCUCCUCAUUCCCAUGAUCUGGAUAUCUCUAGCCAUGUCUUAGGACUCCUGACCACAUUAUAAACACAGGACUCAAGAUUGUUGAUGCUCAUGACAAUGAUACAGUUGAUGCAGUGACAUCUACAACAGGCAGUGACUGAAAAGUAAGAGAUCACAUUGACCCAAUAUGGGUAAAGACUAACAAUAAUGAAGACGUUAGCGUACAUUUAACAAAAUGGAUGCCUUUACAGAACACUUCAGAUCUAAUGUAUAUAAUGAAUCGGUGCCCAAAAUUGUUUGUUCUGUAUGUACUUAACUGUACUGUGUCUAAGCUACACUUUGGAGACUCCUCCCUUUUUCCCCUCUCAAAAGCUUUUACUGCAAAGACAGCGACUGCUUAGACAGACCACCAGAAAAAUAAAAAAAAUGAAAUACAGGAUAUCAAAGGCCGAACGCACACAAAGAAUGUUUGGGUCCGUUUAAUGAAGAAGAUGAUCUCCAUUCCCCAUUAUUUAUUCAAAAGUGAUGCAUUUGUUGGGUACUGUUAUGUUUUUUAUGUUUAUAAGUAAUUCAGUAAAGACAAAUGUUUACCUCCCCCAAUUUUAGUUCUAUUUUCAUGACAGAGAGGGUAUAUGGGUAGCAUUUACUAAAAGAAUGCUGUCAUAUUGUUCAUGGAGAUUGCAAUGGAACCAUAGAUAUGCAUUUUA